AUAUAAUACAUCCGUCUCAUCAAUUUUGGGAAUUGCAGUGAUUCUUUAAUGGCAAAAAUGGCCAAAAACCUUCAUGUGAUGAUACUUCCAUGGUCUGCUUUCGGGCACUUGAUUCCAUUCUUUCAACUCUCCAUAGCCUUGGCCAAAGCCGGAGUUAGUGUCUCCUUUGUAUCAACUCCAAACAAUAUCCGAAGACUCCCCAAAAUUCCUCAAAACUUGGAAACUUUGAUAAAGUUGGUGGAGAUUCCUUUGCCAACCUUAGAAAGUCAAUCUUUGCCAAUAGGCGCAGAGGCUACUGUGGACCUUCCCUCUGAUAAAAUUGAUCACCUGAAGAUUGCAUAUGAUCUUCUUCAAUACCCCCUAAAACAGUAUGUUAUGGACCAACAACUUGAUUGGAUUAUCAUCGACGUGAUUCCUCAUUGGAUGGUCGAGAUUGCCGUGGAAAUGAAAAUUCCUCUGAUGCAUUUCUCCGUCUAUUCCGCUUCUGCAUACCUAUUUCUUUGCGAUCCUGGGUGCCUGGCAGGUGAUAAUAUGAGGACAUCAUGGGAGAGUAUGACUUCACCAGCGGAACGGAUUAACUUCCCUUCAUCAGUAGCUUAUCGGAAGCAUGAGGCUAUUGGUGCUUUUGAGGGAAUUUAUGGCACAAAUGCAUCAGGAAUAACAGAUGCUGAAAGGGUGGCCAAAAUCUUGAAUUCCUGCCAAGCUAUAGCCAUACGUAGCUGCACAGAGUUUGAAAUUGAUUCCCUGAAUUCAUUCCAGAAGUUAAUGGGAAAACCCGUAGUUCCUGUGGGUCUGUUGCCACUAGAGAAGCCAAAAGCAAGAGAAAUCACUGAUGGUUCAUGGGGUGAAGUCUUUAAAUGGCUUGAUCAGCAGAAGACUAAGUCGGUUGUUUUUGUAAGCUUUGGCAGCGAGUUUAAGCUCAGCCAAGAACAAGUUUACGAGAUCGCCUAUGGGCUAGAGCUGUCAGGAUUGCCAUUUCUUUGGGCUCUAAGAAAACCCAGUUGGGCAAAUCACGGUUUCGAUGUUUUGCCUUCAGGAUUUAGAGAAAGGACAAGUGGAAAAGGAGUUGUAAGCAUCGGAUGGGCACCGCAGAUGGAAAUUUUGGGACACCGAGCGAUUGGAGGGUCAUUGUUUCACUCAGGUUGGGGUUCCAUAAUUGAAACUCUGCAAUUUGGUCACAGUCUUGUUUUGUUGCCAUUUAUCAUUGAUCAACCGCUGAAUGCAAGACUUUUGGUGGAGAAGGAAUUGGGUGUGGAGGUAGAGAGAAGUGAAGAUGGAUCGUUUAAUAGGGACGGCGUUGCUAAUGCUUUGAGACUGGCGAUGGUGUCCGAGGAAGGGAAGAAAUUGAGGGCUGGUGCAUCUGAAGCUGCGCAGGUUUUUGGAAAUAACAAUUUACAUCAGGAUUAUUACAUCGAGAAAUUUGUGGAGUUCCUAAGAAAUAAAGAUUAUCAGAAUUGACAAAUUUCCAUAUAAUUAUUCUAUGAAUUCGAUUAUCUUCUGUAAUUUAUUUUUCUUUCAUGAAAUUAGUUCCAAGUCUUAAAUUGCAAUGCUUAUUAUUCAAAGAAGAACAAUAAAACAAGAUUCAGUUUUGGAA